AUGGAAGAAAGACUGAGUGAAUCCUUUAAAAAAGAAGAAAUUAGCCAGCACAAUACCAUUAGUCAAGAAGGAAGUGAACCAAAUAUGGAGAGUCUUAGUACGAACUCGGAGAAUAAUAUGAUUCAUUCAGACUUGGAGAAGGAUAAGCCGCUAACAGAUGAUAAUUUUCAAUAUGACGUUGGAUAUGCAUGGGUAAUAGUGUUUGGGAUAUUUUUGCUUAAUUUUUCAACGUGGGGUAUGAACUCAGGAUUUGCAAUUUAUUUCUCGUACUAUUUGAAUAAUGAUACGUUUAAAGGGGCUUCGAAGUUGGAUUAUAGUGCCAUUGGAGGAAUAGCAUUUGGGGGAGGAUUACUUUUCUCGCCAUUGAUUAACUACUUACAAGGUAGAAUUGGAACUAGACCUUUAAUAAUCCUUGGUAAUUGCUUGCAAUUUAUGGCGUUAAUGAUGGCUAGUUUUGCAGUGAACCGUUGGCAACUAUACAUGACACAGGGAGUCAUAAAUAGUUUUGGAUUAGCAUGUAUCUCUCUUCCAGGAUUGACAUUACUUCCACAAUAUUUCAAGAAGAGAAGAACAUUGCUGGGAGGUUUGGCAACAGCCGGGUCAGGAGUCGGUGGUAUUGUAUUUAACCUUGGUAUGCAAAAGGUUAUUCAAGUUAGGGAUGUUUUCUGGGCGCUAAGAUGUCAAAGUAUCAUAAGUUUUGGUUUAGUAUGGAUAGCCAUAGCAAUUAUUAGAUCUCGUUCAAAAAAUGCUAAGAUCGAAUUCACUAUUUUCGACAUGCAAUGCUUGAGAUGCACAGGGUUCUGGCUUUUUGCUUUGUAUGCGGUAACUUGUAUGUUUGGGUAUGUCGUUGUAUUGUACACCUUGGUUAACUUUACUACAUCAUUAGGCUAUACCGAAUACCAAGGUUCCAUCGUGUCUGCAAUGGUUCAAUUAGGCUCUUGUUUAGGAAGACCCCUUGUUGGUCUCACUGCUGACAAAAUUGGUUCAAUUACUAUGGCACUCAUUGCAUAUACCAUAUGUGCAAUAUUCACAUUGGCGAUGUGGAUCCCUGCUAGAAACUACGCAACAAUUAUUGUAUUUGCUUUAAUUAUGGGUUCAUUAAUGGGCUCUAUUUAUGGUACCGUCGCUCCUUCUGUUGCAAGGCUUGUUGGUAUGAAUAAAUUAAAUGUCUCUUUCUGCAUGUUGUGGGUGUUCUUAGGUGGAGCUGGAAUUGCAUCUCCUGUUAUUGGGGUUUCUUUGAAGACUGGAGGUGGGGGUUUUGUUGAUCCUACACAAUAUGUUUACUGUACUGUAUUUGCUGGUGUAUCGUUUGCUGUAUGUGCAAUCUCAUUAUUAUUGUUAAGAGGUUACAUUUUGGGCCGUGAUACUUUAGUGGAUGCUGAAUCUGAUUCAGAUUACGGUGGACAUUUAUCAGUAAAAGUUCCAUUCGGUCUUGCUUUAAGAAGCUGUUUCAAAUGGACCCCUAGAAGGGCUUAA